UUCACGUGGAAGCCAUGUUGUAGAAUUUUUGUACUAGAACUGUGUUGUAGUGUAUAAAUUUUAUUUAAUUUGGCUCAAAAUGUCGUCAUUGAAGAAUGCACAAAAGAGUCAUCAGAAGAAAUAUAAAGAAAGAGGCCAGCUAUCGAGUAGAAGACAUCUUGGAUUAUUGGAAAAACACAAAGAUUAUGUGGCAAGAGCAAGGGACUACCACAAGAAAGAAAAACAGCUAAACAUAUUAAGAAAAAAGGCCAGUGAGAAAAAUCCAGAUGAGUUUUACUUCAAAAUGAUCAGUCAAAAGACAACGGAUGGGGUACACACAAUUGUAAAUGAAAAGAAAUACACAGCGGAGCAGCUCAAGUUAAUGAAAAGUCAAAAUCUGAAUUAUAUCAAUUUUAAGAGAAAUCUGGAGAGAAAGAAAAUUGAGAAGCUACAAAAUGAGUUGCAUAUGAUUGAUGAUGUGGCAAAUCAUCAGAGAGAACACGUGUUUUUUGUUGACACAGAGAAAGAAGCAAAGAAAUUUAGAAAAAAGCAAGCAACAGCCAAUCCAAAUGAAUCAAAAGACGUAAAACAUAGAACUAAUGCUAAACCAGAAGGAAAGAAAAAGCGUGCAUAUCGUCUUUUAGAGCAGCGAAUUCAGAGGGAGCGACAAUUGGAUGAAUGCCGAAAAGGAUUAGAGCUGCAAAAAAAUUUGAUGGGAAAAGGUCGAAGGAUUAAAAUAAAGAAAGAUGGCCAUUCUGCUUUCAAAUGGAAACCACAAAGAAAGAGGUGAUCCAGAGUUGAGUUCUGGUUUGCUUCUUCCGUAUUGGUUGGUCAUUCUUGAAAAUGGAUCUAGAAGGACUCUUUUAACGAAAACACCUGGGACAGUCAGAAAUCAUUCAAGACGAUGUGGUCAAAGUAAACGAGCUGUGUUCAUUGAUUGCUGUCCAGUGGGACUCAGAGUCUGCCACAAUAAGACAAUCCUGCUCUUUUGGAGCCUGCUUUAUAGUUUCUUCUUUCAUAGACCUCUAGAACUACUACAAAUUUCUACAAAGCAGAAGCAGGUAUUUUGCAGAAGCAUUGAAAGUAAUUAGUUUGAAGUUGCCUGAUGAAGCCGAUUAAAGUAGAAGCAGCAAAGUAUCUUGUCAGUUUUUCCUUAUGUGUUCAAAAUAUCUUGUCAGCUUUACCUUCUUCGUUUAAAAUGUUUUUGUAAUUUCCCUUUGAAGCUGAUAACAUUUCUUUAUAAUCAUUUCAUCCAUUAAAAGCAA